CCUGCGCGGAGCGCUCGGUGCUGUCUCAAGUGGCGGGGAUGCUGCGUGCCGGGCUGGGUAGAAGAAGCCGGUGUUGCGGAGGGCUCUGGAGGAGCCCCGCAGCUGCCGGCGGCAGCGCCAGAGCCCUGAGCGCUGCCUCCGCCUCCCCCUCCUCAGGCAGGGGCGGCGGGGCGCGGAGCGGAGGCGCUCCCCCGGCAGGUGCUAGUAAUGUAAAGCCAUUGGAUGGUGUGAAAAUUCUUGAUUUAACAAGGGUUCUUGCAGGGCCAUUUGCCACAAUGAAUUUGGGAGAUCUAGGGGCUGAAGUUAUCAAAGUGGAAAGACCAGGAGCUGGUGAUGACACAAGAGCCUGGGGUCCACCUUUUGCUGGGACAGAAAGUGUUUAUUUUCUCAGUGUCAAUAGAAAUAAAAAGAGUAUAGCUAUCAACAUGAAGGAUUCAAAAGGAGUAAAGCUCGUCAAAGAGCUUGCAGCAGCAUCUGAUGUUUUUGUGGAAAACUUUGUCCCUGGGAAGCUGGCUGAAAUGGGUCUAGGUUAUGAAGACAUUAAAAAGAUUGCUCCUCAUAUAGUGUACUGUUCAAUAACAGGUUAUGGUCAGACUGGUCCAGUCGUUCAGAGAGGUGGAUAUGACUCCAUUGCAGCUGCUGUUUCUGGUCUCAUGCAUAUCACAGGGCAUGAGGAUGGUGAGCCAGUUAGACCAGGAGUAGCAAUGACAGACCUUGCUACUGGGUUGUACACAUAUGGAGCAAUUAUGGCUGGUUUACUUCAGAGGUAUAAGACGGGAAAAGGACUACACAUUGACUGCAAUCUCUUGUCAACUCAGGUUGCAUGUCUCACUCAUGUAGCAGCUAAUUACCUUAAUUGCAAAAUUGAAGCAAAACGCUGGGGUACUGCUCAUGGGAGUAUUGUUCCAUAUCAGGCGUUUAAGACCAAGGAUGGCUACAUCGUGGUGGGAGCUGGAAAUGAUCAUCAGUUUGUCACUGUGUGCAAGAUCCUGAAUUUGCCUGAAGUUAGUAAAGAUUCCAGAUACAAAACUAAUACACUCAGAGUCCAGAACAGAAAAGAGCUCAUUGACAUAUUGUCAACCCGGUUUUCAGAAAAAGCGACGACUGAAUGGUUGCAGCUCUUUGAAGGGCGUGGGGUUCCAUACGGCCCAAUCAACAACAUGCAGCAAGUGUUCUCGGAUCCUCAGGUACUGCACAAUGGACUUGUGAUGGAAAUGAAUCAUCCAACAGCUGGGAGAAUAGCUGUUCCAGGACCAGGUGUCAGAUACAGUGAAUUUGCUGUGUCACAUCCAAAACCACCUCCACUUGUUGGACAACACACAGUGGAGAUACUGAAGAGCAUGCUGGGGUAUGAGGAUGAUGCUAUAGAAGAACUGCUUCGCACUGGUGCUGUGGCUCAGCAUGAGGUCAGAUAAGGAACAUUAGCUACAUUCCUUCACACUGAGUUCACAUUACUUUGUCCUCUUUUUGCUCCCUUCAGUUUCCCUAAUGGGACUCAAAGAGAAGACAUAAUUUAAUUCCUAAUUUUCUUCCACGUGUGUUUGCAUGAUUUUAACACUGAUGUAUCAAAUAAACAAUCUCAUGCUGUCUGAGUGAAAGAUUUUCUUGGGGGGGUUGGGAAUAAAUGUAAUUAUACAGUC